AUGUCGAUAAAAGCACGUUCCCGCAAGCGUGCGGCCGACGGCAGUGCCCAGGACGCGACAUACCCAUACCCACAGCCCAUUCAAGACACAUCCUUCGGCCUCAACGACCCUCUGUCGCCGUACCGGAAUCCUCUCUCCAACGACGUAUCCAACACCUUCCCCGACCUCCCGCCCUACGACACCUCGAUCAACAAUACAAACGGCGCUGCCAACUUUUUCCCCCCGCAGGUCCCUACGACUCAGGCGCCCAGCUACAGCCAACCGGUAGUUCCUCCUUCGAAUCAGCUCGUACGCAGGAACACCAACCAGCAGGUCGCUCGCACACCCCAAAGAAACCAAUGGAGUAAUUUCAACAACCAGUCCGACCGUGUAUGGGAGGAUAUGGAGCAUGAAGAAGAGCACGACUUGGACCAGAAGGCCGCCAUCGCCAAAAAGGACGCCCAAGCCAAGCGAAAACAGAUCCCGCCAUUCGUACAAAAGCUGAGCAGCUUUCUCGAUUCGUCUAAUAAUACCGAAUUGAUUCGCUGGUCCGACGAUGGUAACUCAUUCAUUGUCCUCGAUGAAGACGAAUUUGCGCGUACUCUGAUUCCUGAGCUCUUCAAACACAACAACUAUGCAUCAUUUGUGCGCCAACUCAACAUGUACGGUUUCCACAAGAAGGUGGGUCUCAACGCCAACUCGAUGAAGGCGGCCGAGAAGAAAGUCAAGGAUCCCAGCGUCUACUGGCACGAGUACUUCAAGAGAGGCCGACCUGAUCUUUUGUGGCUCAUCCAAAAGCCUGCCGCCAAAUCUUCGGGCUCCAAGAGGAAACGAGACCAGGAGAAGCGCGAGCCAGGCGAUAGCGACGAUGAGCAUAAGAACUCACCCGACGCUGGCGAUGGAGCUGCAGGACUCAUGGCGACCAUCCCGCGGCAGGACAUGGGCACUUUCCGUACCGAAUUGCAGAAUCUAAAACGCCAGCAAAGCGUCAUAUCGAAGAUGAUCACGUCUUUGAAAGAUCAAAAUGAGCAAUUCUACCGACAAGCAACUGCUUUUCAAGCUCUUCACGACCGGCAUGAAAAUUCAAUAAACGCUAUUCUCACCUUCCUGGCUACCUUCUACAAUCGCAGCUUGGAUGGCCAUUCCGGUCCUCCAAACCUGGCCAGCUUCCUCAGCAGUGCUUCCAUUCCGCAGCAGGCCCAGCAACAAGGUAGUGUCUUCGACAUGGGCGAUGGUGAUAUGAAUGAAGGCAAUGCCAACAACAUCAACAAUCAACAAUUGCAACGCUACCAAAAACGACCGCUGCUUUUACCUGCUCCUGGCGCGCAAAAUCUCUCAGCCUCUCCUUUCUCGAAUGCAAGUCCUUCUGUCCGCUCGUCCACUAGUCCUGGACCUGCGCAACAUGGCCAAAACACAGCACAAUAUGGGCCCCACCCACCCCAACCACGACCUCACCAAUCGCAACAACCACAAAGGGCCUCGGUGACCCCUGUCAUUAAGGACGACGCACCGACACCCGACUUUGUUCACCAAUUCCCAGAAAACGACGACGUAAUGAAUCUCAUUCACAACGUGAAUGCCAGCAACUCGCCCAACAAUGGCGGUGUAGCCGCAAACUUUGACAUGAACAGUGCCCUCGAUCACUUGCAGGCGGUCAACAGCAACAGCACACUGACUCAACAAGAGCGUGACGAGGUGCUCUCGAUGAUAGCAGCAUCGGGAGCUACAGGCGCAGGCGCCACGGCCGCUCAACCUGGUGCCAACAACGCCCUGAUGAUGCCUAAUCCACCAACAAUGCCUUCGCUCGAAGCUCUUCGUCAGAACAACGCUCAACUUGAAAUGUUAGCCAAAAUGCAACAGGAGCAAGACUCCAAGGUCGCAGAUCUGGCAGGACGCCUGCAACCGUUGUCGCCCACAGGUGCCAUCCCGGGUAUCAACGCCAACAACUUUGAAGACCUGGGCAAUCCUGGCGAUUUCGACUUGGGCACCUACCUUAACGAAACCGAUGACGGAUACUUUGGCACUUUUGACACGACGUCUGCGCCUCAGCAAUCUUCAUACCCGAGCACCUCUGCGCCAACGCAGGGCCUCAACGAUGACCUUGGCUUUGAUUGGGACUAUGCUCGAGCGAAUGGAAUGCCGGACACAGAUGACCUGUUUGGCGACACCGGAGCACAGGGAGUCAACGAUGGGGGUCUGAGCAUUGAUGAGCGUGGUGGCAGAGUGGUUGGUAGCGUUAGUUCCGCUGGCACGAGUCCGCCGGAUGCAACGAAAGCGGUAGGUGAUGAUGAGGAAACACCGAGUAAAAAACGCAAGACUGGUAAUUAG